CCAUGCCAUGUCCACCAUCUUGGGUACGAAGUUGCCACAAUUGAUAAAGUCGGAAAGAAGGAAAAAACUACCCAAUCUCGCAAAAAAAUAAGUGUUGACUAUUGUAAGAAAAAAUUUUACAUAUCGCAGUACGCGCCAAAAGAAACCCGGCAACGAAAUUCGCUGAGAAACUACAUUAAAAGGCGCAUUAAAACGUUCGUGUGGCUCUGUCGUUGUGAAGGAGGGAGGUGUGGUGAAGAGAGGAGAGGCGGCGCUGACGCCACGCCACACACUGCACGCUGCACAGCGAGACACACACGCCAAAAGAGCAAAUCGAAAAGGGCCCCAGACGCCGCACAACAUAAUGCCCUCGAAGCGCAAGUUCCCGAGCAUAUCCAGCGACAGUUCGCCUGUAAUCAAGGAGGAAAUAGUGCCCGUGCUCACACAAUCGGAGUCGGAGGAUGGCGAAAGUGUCGACGGACAACACUACACAUAUUCCUACACGACCACCGGUGGGGUGGACCACGCCGAGGCGACGGAGGUGAUCACCAUGAACGAUCGCCAUGAGGUGAUUAUCGAUGAGAACGGGCACGCGGUGACGCUGCAGCAAUUGGUGGAGAACAGCACCGUCGAGGAGGUGGAGACCAUCGAGCAGGGCGACGGCACGCACACAAUUCUACGCAUUGUGCCCAGCGUUCGUGGCGGCCACCACGAGGAAGAGGGCGAGGACGAUGGUGAGGGUGAGGGUGAGGAAGAUGAGGAGGAGCUGGAGGAAGAGGUCGAGCAGGAUGAGGGUGAAGAGACUCUGGGCUUUGAGCACGAGGGCAUCGAGGAGGAGGACGAGGAGGGUGGCGCCUCGAUUGUAUUCGAGGGCACCAUUGACCACAGCCUGGAGGGAGACGUGCGCAACAAGACCUUCUACUGCCCCAACUGUGGCAACUGCUACAGCGCCGCCGGUUCCCUGAAGCUGCAUAUGCGCGCCUGCCUGCGCCAGCGCAACGAGAUCUCGCCCGAGGACCGCAAGUGUACCGUCUGCAGCAAGGUAUUCAACUCGGUGGCCUACCUCAAGGAGCACAUGAUGCGCCAUACCGGGGAGCAGCCGUUCCGCUGCACCCGCUGCUAUCGCAAGUUCAUCGAUCAGCAGAAGUUCAACGCCCACAUGGAGUCGCACAAGCAUCAGGACAAGCUGGAGGCCGAGGCCGUCUCCCUGGCCGCCCAGCAUGGCGGCAAGAAGGUCGUGGUGAAGGAAUUCAACUGCUCCUUCUGCAACGAGGACUUCACCGUCGUGUUCGAUGUGGGACAGGUGAAGCGGCGCUACGCCUGCGACAGCUGCCGCGACAAGUACUCGAAUGCGGAGGCACUUCGCCAGCACAAGCAGAUGGUGGAGGAGAAGCGCGAGUUCUCGUGCGAACGUUGCGGCCGCAAGUUCGUCUUUGAGGGCUUCCUGCAGCGCCAUUUACCCACGUGCGAUGGCAGCAUCAAGCGUCGGCGCGACAUGAAGUAGAGCUGGCAGCAACGUGAUGACAAUUGGCGGCCGACGAACCCUCGGAGGCGGCGGCGGCACCCUCGACAGCAGCUGAAUAGCCAGAAUGAAGAA